AUGAAAAGAAAAAGAAGUUUUUCGGUAAAAAAAGGGAGGAAGAAUAAAUUUGGAAUUAAAAAGGGGUUAGGAAUAAAAAAGUUGACAAGAAAAGAUAAGGAGACUUUAGAAGAGUAUGGUACUUUAAACCCUACUGAGUUGGAAGAGAGUGAAAGCGACGAAACAGAGGGGGGUUUUUCAAAAAAACUUGUUGGAUUAUUGCAGGUUAAUAAAAAACAAAAAAUAGAUGAAGUAAUGAAGGAGAAUGUAGAAAUUGAUAAAGUAGAAAGUAAAAUUGAUGAUGUCGAGAUUAAUUUAAAGAAUGAAGAGCAUUUUGAAAACCAACAAACAUUAAAUGGUAAAGUAUCCAUGAUUGAACAAAAAAGAUGGAAUAUAAUCAAUUAUGAAAAUUCUGUUUUAAACAUUGUUAGUCAAUAUACACUUAUUAAUAACGAGGAGAAGAACGAUCAUAAUGAAAGUGAUAUGACGAAUCUUAAUUCACUAAAGAUCAGACCAAAAUUAUUAGAGACUUGGAAGAAAAUUAAUGAUAAUACAUUCACUGAAUUACAAUGGCACUUGUUUCAACAAUUUAAUAAAUAUCGAGAUGUAUUAUAUACGAAUAAAAAUGUUAAAGACUCACACCAAAUAAAAUGCGUGUAUGCUUUACACGCUUUGAAUCACAUUUUCAAAAAUCGCGUAUUAAAAAACAAUGAAAAAUUAAAUAACGCACACGCAGCUGGUAGAGAUAUUGAUGAAAUAAGGGAUCAAGGAUUUACAAGACCAAAAGUAUUAAUCUUAUUACCAUUUCGUAAUUCUGCCAUGGAUUUAGUAGAAAUAUUGAUAAAAUUAUCAGGGACGGAUCAACAAGAAAAUCGAAAACGAUUUUUUGACUCAUUUGGAAUAACGCCUGAACAAGAAAAAAUUGAUCCAAAGAAACCAGCGGAUUUUUUGGCGACGUUUAAAGGGAAUAUUGACGAUAUGUUUAGAAUUGGUAUAAAAUUUACGAGAAAAUCUAUGAAAUUUUAUGCUGAAUUCUAUAAUGCAGAUAUUAUAAUCGCGUCUCCAUUAGGAUUAAGGAUGGUAAUAGGAGCCGAGGGUGACAAGAAAAGGGAAUUUGAUUUUCUUUCAUCAAUUGAAGUGAUGAUCGUUGAUCAAUGUGAUACUCUCUUGAUGCAGAAUUGGGAUUAUGUCGAACAUAUAUUCAGUCAUAUGAAUCUGAUACCACAGAAAUCACAUGAUUGUGAUUUCUCACGCGUAAAGGAUUGGUACCUUGAUGGAAGAGCGAAAUAUUUAAGACAGACUAUUGUAUUUUCUGACUAUUUAACUCCGGAAAUUAACGCAUAUUCGAGCGUUUCUGAUGUUACAAGAGCACGUACUUAUUUUCUUAACGGAAAGAAAGAUUAUUUAUUAUAUACGGAAAGAUUUCAUUUUUUUAGGAGAAAUCAUAUAAAAGGAAUCCAUCAUAUUAUCUUUUAUGCUUUGCCAGAUCAUGCUCAUUUUUAUUCAGAACUUUUAAACUUUAUACAAUUAUCACCUUCCAAUAAAACUUCAGCUAUCGAGAAUUCAAACGAGAUGAUUUCAAUUAGCGUAUUAUUUUCAAAAUUUGAUCAAUUGAGAUUGGAAAGGGUUAUCGGAACUUCUAAAUUUUGUAAGAUGUUACAAGGCGAAAAGAAAAUUUAUACUUUUAGUAAUUAA